GGACAUUUGCAGAGGAAUUAAGGCGAUCCUUCUUAGGUGGUGGACCACAGCUACUGUCUACGGAGUUUAUACAUUCUGGAUUAGAACGCUAUAGGUUGCGCACUAUACCAUCAGGCACUGUCCACUUCAACUUAGGGAUUAUCCUCAGGAACUUUGACAAGUAUGGAGUGAUGUACUAGGAAUUAUAUCUUUGAACGUCUAUCUUACUUUGGCCAAAACCAAUUUAAAAAUGACCUCAGUUUUUCAAAGGCAUUUAUGUGUGCUACUUGCACUGUAUCUUGGGUGUACCUUUUUUCCAAAUAUUAAUGCAGACGGUACCAACCCAGUGACCAGUUCUAGUCAUUUGGGAGGCAAUAGCACCCUUUUUCCUGAGGAGGAAGUAGAAGAAACAGAUGAUUUUAAUGGUACAGAGAAGGUGCCAAGUAAUUUCACAACAAACGGAACAGACACAGAUUAUGAAGAUAGUGAUAAUGGCACCUAUACUGAAUAUCCAGAGGAAAACAUAACAACCCCAUCUACUGAGCUUCCAGCAACCCUGCUUCCUGGCACGAAUAUCAGUACAGAGCUAAUUGUGGAUGAUUUCUGUCUGUGUGAUCUGAAGGUUGGAUAUUGUGACAUAAACUGUUGUUGUGAUGAAGACUGUGAUGCAGAUGAUCGACUAGUGUUUUCCCAUUGUCUGGAGCGUCCACAGAAUAUAUUAGACCCAAGGUACUGUUUCCAGCAACGUCUCAUCUUCAGCAACAAUACAGAGUACACUGUAGAGUUUAAUGAUGGUGGAUUAUUCUGCAUCAUAACGGACAAUUUACCAGAACGAACUACCUACACAGCUGUAGAGGGUGCAACCAAUAUAGAAGAGUUUGAAGAUCUUAAGAAGGAAGAACCUCAUUACUCUUGGGUGCAGAACCAACCCUCACUCAAGUUUUCCGAAGAACCCUAUGUAGAUGGCUCACCAUUGUGGGGAUUUAGUAAUGAAGGAUAUAUUUUUAACAUUGGUAUUCCUGACUCAGUUGUUGGAAGUGAGUGUGAAACGGAAACAGGCAUUCGUUUCCUCCAGGAUAUCCAGUCUUCCUGUUACAGGGUCUUCCAUUACCUUCCUGAAGAUUGCCAAAUGAAUCAAAAAUUGAAUGCUCUCCAUUACCUAUCUUUCUAUGUGAUUGCAGACCCAAGUAACUUGUAUCAGAAUACAAGUUUAGAUAAUUCAACAGAAGCAACAACAGACAUACCCAUUACAACAGAAAGUCCAAGAGAGGAAACCACAACUGAUUCAUCUGCAACUUCAGAUCCAGCUGAAACUGUUAGUCCACUUGAGAUUGAAAGCACAACUACUGGUUCACCAAACAACCAUUUAGAAGAAACCAACAUAAGUGAAGGAAAAAAAGCUGCACUGAUGGAUGUAUCUUCCAUGGAUGGUCUAAUAAUGUUAGAGGAAUUGGUUGUGGAUCAAAUGCAACUACUACCAAUCAACGUUUCUUUAUGUCAUUGGGAAAAUGCAAAAGAAAUGUGUAUAAACGUAGCUUUAACUGACAUACCACAGCCAUUGUACAGGAAUGGUAUUUGCCAAAAUGUUGUUUCAAACAUUUUUUACCAAUUUACUCAUAAUGGCACAGAGGGUUUAUCAAAGGUACAUGCAAAAGUUCAUUUGACCAACAUCAGUGACCAAACGACACAGGCCUCUCAGACCUUUGAGACUAAACACACUUGGGCAUCUUCUGAAGACCUCAUCAUAUUUGAAAGAAGUGGUCGACCUGGCUAUGUAUAUGGAAAGCCUUUGAUAUUAGGAAAACAUGUGGAAAAUGUAACAGAGGAAGGAGAUUUGAAAGAAGCCAUCAUCCUAGAUACAGAUCCUGAGAACUGGCUAACUGUACUCUCACCAGGACCAGAAGGGGCCUGCAACCACCGCACAAAGGUCACUUUUGGUCAAGAUAUCAGGUCUGGAUGUGCCAUGACAGUAACCCAAGAUGAGUUAGCAAAUAGAUGCCAAGCUUUACAGAAGAAAUUUCAAGAAAUACUACUGGGAAGUGUAUUACUAAAUUCUUAUGGUUUGCGAAUAGCAUCGUAUGGAGACUCCAGUGUCAACAACGCAGCUGAUUGGGUUCCAAUUCUUGUGCCAGAGAAGCCCAGAGCAGGAUCAUUCUCAAGUUCAAUACUCGGGAAAACAAAAUGUGCUGAGCUGGUCCUCUCAGUUCAUCUAGAAAUUGCCUUCAGUCUACAAGGAGCAUUAGCCAAUCCACAAGCAAAAGUAGUGGGUAUUGUUCUUCAUUAUGGAGAACCACAAGACAUUGCUAUUACUUGCAUUAGACCAUCUUGUCAGAACCAGACAGUUCCUGUAGAACUUGUGUCUUCAGUAUCCUUUGUAGAUGUCACCCAGUCUGCACAUCCGGCUUUUGAACAGCCACCAAGAUUAGACUUAAAGCUGCCAUAUGACUUCUUUUAUCCAUUCUUACCUUCAUCCAGUAUGCCAGUUUAUGAGAGGAAUUUUGUGUGGGUUGUUUUGAUUUUCAUUUCUUGUGUGUUAUUUGUUUAAUGAUUUUUUAAAGGAAUGUCUUUAAUGCAUUUUUCUAUAUUGUAGCUUAGAAAUUGGUAAGAAAUUGAAUGUGUCUUUAUUUUUUUUUCUUGGUGUAAUCUUCUUUUUAAUUUUUUAAGUUUGCUAUUUUAUUCAAGAUCUGAAGAAAACCAUAUUCUAUUUCUGACAUCCAUGUAAAAAGUCUAUUCAUUUGACUAUGACUAUGAUUUACUUCUUGAGACCUAUAAAUUAUGUUAAAUGUCACACCUUGUGACAUUUUACUCUUUAUUUCAUUACCCGUAAAGCCUCUUCACCCUCCCUACCUUAUCACUUUCCCAGUAUAUUCUAUAUUCUAGCACACAACUGAGAAAUAGCACCGAAAAUUAGACAUAUGGAACUGCUCCAUGCACCUGUAAUUAUAGAAAAGACACAUUCAGGAUAUCAUGCCAAGUAAACCAAUUCCUUACUACAGUCUUAUUAUAAUCACAUGGCAUUUAUUUUUGGUGCUCAGAUGCAGUGGAUAUGAAAUUGAUUCCCAUCACUUUCAGUACUGCAAAUUUGAUCUUAGAGUGUUUCAAGCAGUCUCUGUUAUGCAAAGUUUUAUAUAGAAGCAUAACUAAAGAGGUGUGUCUACAUAAGCUGGUCAGAUGUUAGAUCAUUCCUUCAACAGAUUUAGUUUUUAUUUUAAUUGAAACUGUAGCAAUUUAUAUAGUUACAAGGUAGUUUGUGUAGUGUGGAGCAUUUUUUUUACUCCAGUGUGAUCAGUGGGUCGUAAGAUUUUGGGGUAAUUUUGAUGGCUUUUCCCAGUUAAUUCACUAUUGCCAACAAAGUAAUUGUGUUGUGAGCAAAGGGUGAAGUUUGGUACUCUGCUUUUACUGCUAAGGUUCAAACACUUUGUGCCUCAAAACAUUUAACUAUCAGGUUCUUUCCAUUUUUAUCAUUAUUGUGGCUUCCAUAGCAUUGGACCAUCCUUUUUAACUAAUAUUGGUAAUUGGUGUUUAAUAUUUUUCUUGUGCUUUCAUAAUGUAACCUUACUGUAACAAGUGCAAAUUACACAUUUUGGUGUUUGAUAUAUUUGUUAAACAGUGGCAUAUGAUAUUUACAAAUAUUGUAUAUAUAGUACAGAAAAUAUGUUCAUACUGAAUGAUGAUUUGUCAUGUGAAGUAUGUUUACUUUUUUGAAAGUAAAACAGCUGUAAUGAGAAUAUUUUCAAGUCUGCAUAUAUUUAUAUAUAUGUUAUUCACUCCUAUAGCCUUAAAAAAAGAAAGUAUGGCAUAUAU